AUGUAUGCUAAAGCCACCAAUUCUAAAAAAGUCGAUCUUGUAUGCAUAAUCCCGACUGCUAAUGCGUUAAUUGAGCAUAUUAAACGUGUCUAUUUCCAAGUACAGGCUUGGUAUGGUUCACAAGGUCAGGACGAGACCUUAGAUCUGUUGGAAUGGGGGCGGGAAUUGGUAGAUGGAGGGCUCAAUCCUGUCACCAGGACCCAGGAAGCCGGUCCAGAGGAAAUUUUAAGCAAAAUUUCUUGUUCGUGUGAAACCGACUGUGGCACUUCCAACGGGGCCAAAAAUAGUGACGAGGAAGAAGAUGAAGAAGGGAAAGAAGAAGAGUUUGAACAAUAUAUUUAG